AUGGCAAUGAAUCCUUCUUCUCUCUCCUUUAUGUUUCUCUCUCUCUGCAUUCUCUUCUCUGCAACUUCAGUCACCUCCAUCUCUUACUCCCACCACUGCGCUUCCAUGGUCCCCAUGUCGACCCCAACUGCUCCCUCCACCACCAUAUUCCCAUAUCUCCGACCAGUCCUCAGUCACUACGCCGGCGGUAACAGAAUCCUUAACAACGACAAUAACAACUCCUCUGAAUUCUCCCUCGAAUCCAAAAAAUACUUCUUGUUUUAUCUAACCCAGAACAUCUUUGAAACCAACACGUCUGGAGUUCACAAGAUCGAAGCGUACUUAACCUUCGUAUCACCAGGCUCUUAUUUUCCUGGGAAUCAUAGAAGGAGGCACUCAUUGCAGUUUGGGUUUCAUGGGUUUUGGUCAUGGCACUCUGGGAAGCUAUGUAUGGUAGGCUCGGCUUCUUGGUACUCGAACGAAGGUAAUUUGAUCGAUCUUGAUGCAGUCCUUAAGCUUAACUAUCCUAUGAAUUUGACUAUCUUUAGUGGUUUAAUAACUGGGAAAUUGGAGAGCUUGGCUUCUCCGAAUGAUCCGUAUUAUUUCGAACCCGUUUCACUUUUGGAAUAUGGUUCAUCGAGUAACUAUCAGUAUUCAUUGGUUUCUGGGGAAUUCGACAGUGAUUGUCGCGGUGGGAUUGAUAUCCCUAAAAGUAAAUCACUUGCUUUUAAUCCAGGAUUGUUAUGUUCCUCAAUGAACAGUGGGCAAAACGAGGUUUUUAACUUGGAGUACUCGAAUGAGUGCAGUUCUUCAAAAAAUUGUACUCCUCUUGGUAAGGAUGAUAACGAUGAGUUGCCAAGGGAAAUGACGUUGAAUGCCAUUCAGUGUUCUAAGGAGGAACACAAGGUGCAAUAUGUGAUCAAAUUUGGAUCAGGUUACCAGUACCUAUCUUUUGAUCCCACUACAACGCUCGUGGGAGAGGGAUCGUGGGAUGAAAAGAAGAAUAAGCUAUGCAUAGUUGCUUGCCGGUUUUUGAACUCCAUCGACUCAUUGGACAAUGCCCAGCUUGGUGAUUGUUCGAUUAGGUUGAGCUUGAGGUUCCCUGCUCUCUGGACAAUCAAGAGUAGGACACGUAUUUUGGGCCAGAUUUGGACCAACAAAACUGCUAACGAGUCCGGAUACUUCAAUAGGAUCACAUUUAGAAGUCGUGACAACAGCAUAACUGUGGUUCCUGGUUUGAGAUACGAGUACACAGUAACCGAAAAAGUAGGAAAGUUGUGUCCUUUCAACAAGCAGGUUAUAAAGAAGGGCAACAGAUAUCCAAAGUGGAAGUCUAGCGACUUGGAAUUUCACAUGUUGGUUAGAGAUUCCAUGGGGAAUCGUACUAGGAUUCAAGCAAUGCCUAGCUUUUUCGGUGAUCAGAAUUAUGAGCUGAAUCAAUUUCCUGUGGUCGAGGAAAAGACUACAUAUCGCGGCCCAUUGAAUAUUACCUACGCGAUUUUGCCAUAUCAGACUUCUUCAGCUACAUCGGUAAUUUUCAAUAGUACCCUUGACAUUUCUGCUGAAGGGUUGUAUGAUGAGGAAACAGGAAGGGUAUGUAUGGUAGGCUGUAGAAAGCUAUCAACAGGUGAAUCAAUGGACUGUGAGCUUCUUUUGAAAUUCCAAUUCCCGCCGGUAAAUGCAAAGGAAGUAGGGCAAAUUACAGGAAGCAUCGAAAGCAUGAGGGGGCAAACUGACCCUCUUUAUUUCAAGCAAUUGGAAAUGACUGGAUGGGUUUUCUACAGAGAGGAAGCCAAAAGAUCCGUUCAGCGGUUGGAUUGGGAGAUCGUGAUGGUUUUGAUCUCCAACACUCUCGCUUGUGUGUUUGUGGGGCUGCAAAUUUUUUACGUGAAAAGGAACCCUCAAGUGCUUCCUUUUGCGUCCCUUUUCAUGCUUGUGAUCCUCACUUUAGGGCAUAUGGUUACUCUUGUGCUAAACUUUGAAGCUUUGUUUCUAGGAAAUCGCAAGCGAAAUAACGUAUGGCUUGGGAGUCAAGGGUGGCUCGAAGUGAACGAGGUGAUUGUGAGAGCAGUUAAAAUGGUGGCUUUCUUGUUGCAACUCCGGCUUCUCCAACUGGCGUUUUCUGCACGUUUGGGCUACGAAAACCAGAAGGGCAUAUGGGUUGCUGAAAAGAAGGCAUUGUUUGUUUCUACAACAUUGUACGCAUCGGGGUUGCUUUUGGCUUUGUUUCUAAAUACAAGGAAUUUAAUAUCUUAUGGUGGAUUGAUCCUCGACGGUUUCCUUCUCCCUCAAAUCCUCCUCAACAUUUUCCAUAUCUCAAAGGAAAAUGCUCUUUCUCAUCCAUUUUACAUCGGAACCACUUGUGUUCGGUUGCUACCUCAUGUGUAUGAUCUUUACCGGGCUCACAACUUUGCACGAGUCCAAUUUGAUGGGGCAUACCCUUUUGCAAAUCCUUACGUGGAUUUCUACUCCCUCACUUGGGACGUAGUUAUUUCUUGUGGGGGUGUUCUGUUUGCGGUUUUCAUUUACUUGCAGCAGCGAUUUGGUGGGCAGUGUAUCCUUGGGCGGAGAUUCAGGGAGGUUGAAACGUACGAGAAGGUGCCGUUCAUUAGGGUUGGUUUUAAGAAAUGUCGACUUUCGAGAAGAGCAGCAGCCGCAGUAGAGAGGAGAUCAUCCUUGGAUUCUUUCGAGGUUCAUGGAUUGGGCACUACCGCACAAGUGUCAAGCAAAAUUAUUAGGAUAUUUGUAAUGUUUGUGGAGGGAUUACUUGAUGUGGUUAAUCGGAAUGAGAGAGGGGGUUCGGUGUUUGUGGCAGUGUGCGGCGUGGAGAAUAUUGGCCAAAUAUGGGAUGAUGGUGUUGUGUCAUGUGGGUGGUGGUUCGGUUUAUUGUUAAUUUUGUUGGGUCGUGACUUGAAGUUGAGAGGCUGUAGGAAAUUUGGGAGAAUGGGUAUUGGCAUACAGUGGCAUUAUGAUUUUGGAUUUGGGUUUUAUCAGUUGUCUAAGCCUUGGGUUUUAGAGGGUCUGGUUAGCCUCCAUUUUGCGUGUUUGAUUGCAUUACAUUUGGACCCAGGUGAGUAG